UGGCAGUCCUCAAUUUUAAGACCCAGUUUCAGAAAUACAGCAGUUUCCUCCUCUUCUUCAAACCCAAAACAGCAGGCAUCCAUCAGCAAAACCAAACUUCCGAACUCCCAUGCUUACAGUAUCAGCUUCAAAACUCUGGAAGUUUGCAAGCUUGGGAUCUCCCAGAUAUCCUGGUUUCCACUGCAAUGCCAAAGGGGCACAGGAACUGGAAUUGGUACAAAAGAUGGUGACCAUAUCAGUAUCAUUCUGAAAGUGCUCAGCAUUCGACCUGAAACUCUGUACAUUCCACCACUGACGAGUGAGACCACCAGGCUCUUGCCAUUACCAUUGCCACCAGGCCUGAAGAUCGAUAUAGUCCCGGAAGCAUUCCGGGGCAGGAUUCACCCGGAUUCUGGAAAGGUGGAUCUGGAAUUUGUUCCCGAUUUCUGGUUAUCUGCUGGCAGUUUAUACAGAGCUCCACUGCUGGUGAAGACGGUUCUAACUUCAGAGGAACUGAGAGGAAGCAUCCGAAGUGGAGAAGGGGAGAAAUUGGACAAGGAAUGGAAAUGCAGAUUAGUUGGGGUGGCUUCAGUUUAUCAAAUCAUUGAUGUUUUCAUGAACACUUUUCUUAGUCCAACCACUGAAUGCCUCGCCAUUCUCAAUGCUGUAAUUUCAAUUGAAUAG